AUGUUGGCCGCCGCCGUCGCCGUCGCCGCCGCCGCUGGUGAGUCACGGAUGUUAUCUCGUAGCUCUCUCUUCAGAGUUAGCACUGGAGCUCGUAGUAGUACGAAUACUUGCUUGCACCCGAAGCCAUUACCUCACUUUCAGACGUAUAAGUUCUUCCAUGAUAUUAGCAACGAUUUGAUGAUGAGUAGUAGAAAGAGAAGAGUUGAUAUUGGUGGAAAAGGUAAUAAAAACGUUACACAAACGUGGAGGGCGUUGUCUACUCAGACUAUUUGCAGUGAGGCACCUGAUGCUCAAACUAGUAAUCCUGAAGUUCUUACUGAGUCAAUCGGAGAAGAUGCAUGUCCUAUGUCAGAAAGUAGCAAGGUUGAUAUAUCUUCAGAUGAGAAGUUAGUGCCUCCAGAGAAUCAUUCAAUAUCGAUGGAGGUAGGGCGGUCCUUAAUGCGUUUCAUCAGAGGGAAAGGGGAUAACACUCAGAAGAAAAUUGAGGCUGAGACUGGGGUUAAAAUUAUGUUUCCUUCAUCCAAAACUGAUGAUUUUAUCUGCAUUGAAGGUACCUCAGCUGAAAGUGUAGCUAAAGCAUCUGAGAAAAUACAAGUUAUAAUCAAUCAGGCUGUUAAUAGCCGUGACCUCGACUACUCGCACUUCAUUUCACUUCCGUUAGCUAUCCAUCCUGGACUAGUUAACAAACUCGUCGAGUUUCAGAAUACAAUACUUGGAACAGCAGCAUCAGAUAAAGAUGAGAUUAAUUGUGGUACUGCAGAUGAGGCAGACCAGCAAUCAAGUAAAGAUUCCAAAGUUGUUGAGUUGGAAACUGAAAAAGUCGAUGCGCAUGUUGAAGUAAAAAUAACGGGUGACCAACAUUCAGCUAAAGCACCUCUAGUGGCUGAACACAAAGCUGAAGACGCUGCUAAUUCCAAAGUUGUAGAGAUGGAAGCUGAAAAAGUUGAUGCUCAUGUCCAACAUUCAGUGAAAGCACCCCGAGUGGCUGAACUCAGAGCUGAACACUCUUCUAAGGCAUCAAUUAUAGAAAAAAUUGCUAAUAUUCCUAUCGUCAGUUACCGUCCUAAAGAGUUGAAAGUUCCCCCCUCAGAGGCUGGUUCUUCAGAAUCAAUAGAUUUGGGAAUUGAUAAGUCCCUAUUUAUCAAACCAACAACCUUUCACUUAACUGUACUCAUGCUUAAGUUAUGGAACAAGGACCGAGUCAAAGCAGCUGCCGAGGUUCUGCAGAGCGUCUCACCGAAAGUAUUGGAUGCGUUAGACAACAAGCCACUUUCAGUCAGACUUAAGGGACUGGUGAGUGUUGCAUCUUGA